GCAUACAUAGAUUAAACGCGGAAAUCAGAACAUUACCAUUUUCCCAAGAUUUCUAAUUACAUACAUACAUUUCAUAAGUAACAAUGCUGAACUUCAGGACUACUUUUCAUCUAUUAAAUGUUGGCUCUAUGGUCUUUGUUGGAACAUUGCUACUCUUUGUGAUCGGAGAUCUCAUAUUUCUCCAUAAUCUUGCGGAUGCUGACUUCGUGUCGAAAUCGUUAACUGUGCAAUACGAAAGAGUCGGAUUACUUAUCGCGAUGAUAUGCAUUAAUGCAAUAUUUUACGUCUCCUUUGAAAAGAAUUGGUUAAAGUUGGGCUUGCUUGGAAUCCCGAUUUACAUUCCAGUCGCCGCAGUGCAAAUGAAUCUCUUCGUGUACAACAUCGUCUUCCGUGCCCCACAUCCGGACACAAUAUCACAAUGGAUGAGAAUCGACUCAAGUCUUGCAGGUUUAUUUGUUGCCAGAGUUUCAGGAAAUUUCUUAUUUAACGCAAGAUACGUCUGGGCCCUACGGUUUGCAAAGAAGCACAAAUUUCGUGGGAUGGGAGAAACCUGCACAAUUUUUGGAUUAAAGGUCAAACGUAUUUUGCAGUGUCAGUCCAUGCUCGUACUGCCGUACACAUACUUCUUUUAUAAGAAUAUGGUAAAUUUGUUGUCAAAAAAUGACCCAAAAUCUGAAGGAUCUUCAGUUUUACUUGUGCUAUCUUGGAUAUCAGCAGCCCAUCAAGCUGUCAUUAUAGGGACAAAAAUUUCAACAUUAGUUGCCUUACAUUUGGACUCGGUACGGACUUUAAGGAUUGCAUCCUGGACAGGAUAUAUCACCUUUGCAUUUUUGAAUGAACUGCUAAUCAUGAAAAAAGUCAUCGGAGUGAAUAUUACCGGAAUGACGAGUCCUGACUCUGUCUACUCUCAGGUUUUUGGGGGUUUUAUAUAUUUAAGUGUGACCGUAGAGUAUGGAUUGCUCUACUUUUACGUGACAUAUCUUGAAAAUUUGAAUCGUAACUGUAUCCAAGGAAAUAACAAUGAUACGAUGAAAUUGACAGUUUUACAGUUAAAAUCAAUUGUAGUCGAUUCUUCUGCAAUGCUUGGCGUCGGAAAGUCGUCAACAGUUUAUAAAGGAUGCUUAAGUGAUGGGCGAUUCUUUCCUAGUAAACAAAUCGUCGCAGUAAAAGUCAUAAAUCGUGACACUCAAGUAUCCGCUUUAUACGACGAAUUAAAAAACAUGUCGAGACUGAUGAAAAUUGGGCAUGAAAAUCUCGUGACAUUUUAUGGAAUUGUGAAAUCAAAGCACACGGGGUCAAAAACCGGAGACCAGCCUGCAAAAAUUAAUAUCGUGAUGGAACUAUGUGAAAAUGGGAGUUUAGAAGUAUAUCUGCAACAUCUUGAAGCCGCCGCAAAUAAUUCUCUAACAAAUUCAAGAGACAUUUAUGUUGAUCAAUUUGUCUUGUGGGGAACACAAAUUGCUUCCGGAAUGGAAUUUUUGGGAAACCAUGGGAUUGUUCAUGGUGACCUGGCAGCUAGAAACGUACUUUUAAACGAUUCUCUCAGCAUUAAAAUAUCAGACUUUGGAAUGUCGUACAAAUUGUACAAUUAUCAGAUUUAUGCCGUCUCAGAUCGCCAGGCAUUUCCAUGGCGUUGGAUGGCCCCUGAAAGUUUAGACGAGUUAAAAUUCUCUUCGCAAUCGGACAUUUGGUCGUAUGGUGUCCUACUCUGGGAAAUCUUUUCAUUCGGAAAAAGGCCGUGGCCUGAUCACGACUGGACUUCUGAUUUUUCAACAAACCUCAAAAAUGGGCUCCGACUUGGUAAACCUGAAUUCGGCCUUGGUGAAACUGAAAUAUACGACUCUGUAAUGCUAAACUGCUGGAGAACCGAUGCCAAUGAGCGUAUUGCAUUUAAGGAAAUUGUCAUUUGUAUGAAGAUGGAUAAGCUAAAAGUUCUAGCAAAGAAAUGUAUAGAGGAGACGAGAGAGUGGGAUAUUCGAUUAGAUUAAAUUUAUUUCCGCCUUUGUUUAGGCCUGAAGGCCCAUAAAAGUACUUAACAUAGGUAACGUGAUUCGCUUUUUAUACAAAAUAAAUAAUAAAUAAAUACAAUUUAUCCUAUAAUAAAUGAAUUUGAA